UUUUGGCACACCCUACAAAUAUUCGGCCACACUCUGACAGGCAGUCAUUUUUUUUAAGAAAAGCCGGAGUGCAUUUAUGUUUUAAUUGAAUAAAAUGAUGUGGAAGACUCUCCUGCUCGCUGUUUUGGCGAUUGGCCACUGCCAGGCGGUACUGGACACGGACGCCAACACCUUAGUUCUCCUGGACAACCUGGCCAUCCGCGAGACGCACUCGAUCUUCUUCAAAUCGCUACAGGAUCGCGGAUUUAAGCUCACCUACAAACUGGCUGAUGACUCCAGCCUGCUGCUGUCCAAAUACGGCGAAUAUCUGUACAAGAACGUGAUCAUUUUCGCACCAAGUGUCGAGGAAUUCGGCGGCGAUGUGAGCGUGGAGCGUUUGGCCCAGUUCGUCGAUGAUGGCGGCAAUGUUCUGGUGGCGGGCAGCGAGAAAUCCGGCGACGCUCUAAGGGAAUUCGCCUCCGAGUGCGGCUUCGAGCUGGACGAGGAGAAUGCGGCGGUCAUUGAUCAUCUGCACUACGAUGUCAGCGAUGCCGGCGAGCACACAACCAUCCUGACCUCCGCCAAGAAUCUUAUCCAGGCCGACACCAUUGUAGGCAAGGCCAACAGGCUGGCGGAUGCUGCUCCGCUGCUUUAUCGCGGCACAGGACUAAUUGCCGACAAGGAGAACCCGCUGGUACUCAAACUGCUCACCGCCGAGAGCACCGCCUACAGCUACAAUCCCGAGGCCAGUGUCUCCGACUAUCCGCAUGCCGUUGGCCGUGGCACCCUGCUUAUCGCCGCCCUGCAGGCGAGGAACAAUGCCCGCGUGGUCUUCUCCGGCUCGCUGCUCUUCUUCUCCGACGAGAGCUUCACCACGGCCGUGCAGUACGCCCAGAGCGGUGUAUUCCACAAGUUGGCCGGCAACCGCGACGUGGCCGAGUCCAUAAGCAAGUGGGUAUUUGGUGAGACUGGCCGCCUGCGCGUGGCUUCCGUGCAGCAUCACAAGGAGGGUGAGCUGCUGCCACCGGAUCAGGCGUACACCAUCACCGAUCCCGUUGUCUACACUAUCGGCAUCGAGGAGCUGGUGCAAGGCGAGUGGCGCGCCUUCAAGGCCAGCGACAUUCAGCUGGAGUUCGUCCGCAUCGAUCCAUUCGUGCGCACCUAUCUGAAGCAAACGAACUCGGGCGCCUACCAGGCCAAGUUCAAGAUACCCGACGUCUAUGGCGUCUACCAGUUCAAGGUGGACUACGAUCGCGUGGGUUACACGCACCUAUACAGCACCACCCAGGUGUCGGUGCGUCCGCUGGAGCACACGCAGUACGAGCGGUUCAUCCCGAGCGCCUUCCCCUACUACACCAGCGCCUUCUCCAUGAUGAUCGGCGUGUUCGUCUUCUCGUUCGUGUUCCUUCACUUCAAGGAUGAGCCCGUGGGAAGGGCCGCCAAUCAGGACAAGAAGUCGCAGUAGUCUGCACGUUCAUUCAACUAAAAUGUAACACACAUUGCACUAAAAUAAAGUUCUCCGCAGGGAUACACCCAUAAUCCAUCAAAGAA